AUGGACAUCAGAGACACCUCUCAGGACGACCUGCGGACAAUCGUUCUUCUCGUCACUCGCCAUACCACCAGCGAGCCGCUUCUCCCCGAAGAUAUGGUCGUUCUAGGCCUAUGGAAAGGCAUGACUUAUAUCGGCCCCGGUCGCUCACGCGCUCGCGGUCCCGAUCACCUCGUCGCUCUCGAUCAUUCUCUUCAAGGUCUCCAUCGGUAUCCCCACCAAGAAAAAGGGUGCGAGCGCAGGGUUCCAGUCCUCGUCGUGGCAGCCGUCGCAGCCCCAGCUACAGCAGCUACGACUACAGCAGUCGUAGCAGGAGUCGAAGCGCUAGUAGAGAUAGGGGUCGCAACCAGCGGGGCUUACCGAGGAGGUAGCUCCUACGACUUGCAAUUAUCUUCCUAUCUCUAA